UUUUUAUUAUAAUUAUUAUUACCCGAAAACACCCUAACACCUUCUGUCUGACUCUUUCUUUUCCCUUCUCUUCUCUUAUUUUUCUCCUUUCUUUUCGUUUCUCUUCCUUUCAUUAACAAAAACCCAUCCCCCUUAACUCUUUCCUUGCCAUAAAAUUAAUCAAACACAACCUUUUCCUUUCUCUCUCGCACCACUAUGACAGACAGGGUUUAUCCCUCAGCAAAACCCGCCGGAAACGGCACCGGUGCCGCCACCACCAACCCAACUUUUCCCGCAACCAAAGCCCAGCUCUACAGCAACGCUCGUCCGGCUUACCGUCCCCAAGCCAGCCACCGCCGCCGAAGCCGCUUAUGCUCUUGCUGUCUCUGGCUAACCCUCGUAAUCGUCGUCCUCAUCGUCUUGAUCGCAAUCGCCGCCGCCGUUUUCUACGUCCUUUACCGCCCUCAGCGCCCUACGUUCUCCGUCACUUCGCUCAAACUCUCCUACCUCAAUCUCACCUCUUCCAAUCGGCUGAAUUCCAAAUUCGACAUCACAGUCGACGCUCGGAACCCUAAUAAGAAGCUCGUCUACGUGUAUAACCCCAUGGCCAUAGCUGUUUACUCCGACGAUGUCGAUGUCGGCGAUGGGGUUAUUCCUUCUUUCGUCCAUGGGAAGAAGAACACCACGGUUUUGAAGACGAAGAUCGCGAGCAAUGGGAAAGUGGUGGAUGACUCGUCGGCGAGUGAGUUGAAGAAGGGGUUGAAGAGCAAGAACGGUUUGCCAUUGAAGAUUAAGUUGGAUACAAAAGUGAAGGUCAAGGCUGGAGGGUGGUUGAAGACUCCGAAAGUUGGGGUUAGGGUUUCUUGUGACGGAAUCAGAGUGACUCCACCGACGGGGAAGACUCCGGCGACGGCUUCGACUUCGAAAGCUAAGUGUAAGGUUGAUGUAAGAGUCAAGAUCUGGAAAUUGACCUUCUGAUCAGUAAUUCUUUUCGAGGUCAAAGAAAAAUUUUAAAAAACAAAAAAGGUGUGAAUUUUUAUUUUUAUUUUUAUUUUUAUUUUUAUUUUUCUGUUAUUCACUUUUCAUAAUUUUGCCGUGUUUUCUUUGUUUGAUUUUGUAAAUUUGGAAGAAAAAAAAAAUAUUGGUGAAUUGUUUGUAUUUAGAAUAGAAGGAAAUUUAUAUUUUAUAUAUAUAUAUAUAUAUUUUUUUUUGCUGAGGAA